UUGGAAAGAAAAACAAAAAGUAAAUACCUUUAGGUUCUUCUCCCUCUCAACAAGUUUGAAGAUAUAUCCAAAAGUUUUCAGAGAGAGAGAGAGAGAUGGGAAGAUCUCCUUGUUGCGACAAGGCAAAUGUGAAGAAGGGGCCAUGGUCCCCAGAGGAAGAUUUAAAGCUGAAGGAAUACAUUGAAAAAUAUGGAACUGGUGGAAAUUGGAUUGCACUUCCGCAAAAAGCUGGUCUGAAGCGAUGUGGGAAAAGCUGCAGGCUCAGAUGGCUUAACUAUCUAAGGCCUAACAUUAAACAUGGUGAAUUCUCAGAUGAGGAAGACAGAAUCAUCUGCAACUUGUUUGCUAACAUUGGAAGCAGGUGGUCAAUUAUAGCUGCUCAGCUGCCAGGAAGGACUGAUAAUGAUAUCAAGAACUAUUGGAACACAAAGCUCAAAAAGAAACUCAUGGGUUUGGCACCUCAAAUUUCUCAGAGAAAAGUUCCACUAGUACCAUUUCCUAAUUCUUCUCAUGAGAUCCUUACUACUUCCAUUUAUAAUAUUGAACCUCUACUUCCUAUACCGUCACUUUAUAGGCCUUUUUCUUCAGGCUUAGAAGAUCAAAAGUUAAAUAGGAUGUUGUCUUCCUCUUAUCCAAAAAUCCCACCUAGUGCUACUACUUCAUUUAAUUUUCAAACUCAAAUGCCAGAGAAGUAUUUGGUUGCUACUGCUACUAAAACUACAAAUAAUGAUAAUGAUACUGAUAGUAGCCCUAUCUCAUUCUCAUAUAACUGUAUCCCUGUGAAGGAUAACAAUAUUCUUUCUUUUGGAAGUAAUCAAGGAAGAAGCUGUAGUAGUUCAUCUGAUGGGAGCUGCAACAAGCUGAUUAGCUAUGGUGGCUGUAAACUCAAGCAAGAGGAACUACAAAUGGCUUUUCAUCAUCAACAACCAUAUAACAUUAAUAUGGGUAAUUUUAAUAAUGUUUUUCAAGAACAGAUGAUAAUCAACUAUGACGAUAAUAAUCUGACCUGGGCUGCUCAAAAGCCAAAUGGGUAUUUUGGAGAGAGCUCAUUAGAGAAAUAUUCAUGCGGUCUUGAUCAAGAUCAUGAUGUUAAGCAGCUAAUUAGUAGUAGUAUUAAUAAUAAUAAUAAUAAUAAUAAUAAUAAUAAUUUUAUUAAUUUUGAUGAAAAAAAGACACAGGACAAGGUCAUGUACUUCUACUAAAUAUAUUUAUGUACAUAUAUAUUAUUAAUAUUAUUUUUCAUUUUGAGCUGAGAUAUGACUGACUGCAAGUGAAAUCAGAAAGAUUUGAUGGGGUAAGGGGGCAUGGUCGUGCGGUGGGGCAAAAAAAGAGAUUCAGUCAUAAAAGGAAAAGAGACUUUAUUUGAGGAGUUGAUGUGGUUUAUUUAUUUUUUUUUUUUUGGAUGAAAAGAGACUUUUAUGUUGUGCAUAUUUCUUUUUCUUUUCAGAACCUUGCGGUAAUAAUAAUAAUAUUAUUAAAGAUAAAUAGCGGCGUAACUACCCAAAGUUUUAAGUUUGUAAGUGGCAUAAUCUCAA